AUGGCCGACUACGAACGCCGACCACAGGGCCACUCAAGGGGAGGGCGCAAGAGGCGUUAUAGAGAUGAUGAGGAUUAUGACCGGCGUCCGCAGAGGCGCAGAUACGAAGAGCCACUUGUGGUCAAGGUCCGACGACAGCUGCUAACACUUGCCGAGUCUGCUGCUCGAAAAGCAGAGGACGACGUUGUGGUCAUCGCAAAAAGUGUCGCGGAGAACUAUGAGGACGAAGAGCUGAGAAAGAGCUAUGUCGAUAUAGCCAUUGAUCUAGUCAUAGAGCAACCGUUGAAGAUUCCUUUUAUCGCCGCUACAGUUCUGGUCGCCAAUAACUAUAAAUCAGAGCUUGUAGAAGAUGUUCUCAAACAAGCACGCGAAUCACUGCAACAGUACAUUGAUGCCGGAGCCUGGCGCGAGGUCAAGCUGCUUCUUCGAUUCCUGGGUUGCCUUCAAUCAAUUUUCGAAGAAGACGGCGUCUUUCCAAUCUUGGAGGAACUUUUUGCACGUGCGGUUGAUCUCCAAACCGCGUCAUCUGAAGAUUUGCUGGGACUCGAGCUCGUCAAAAUCAUUCUCUUCACGAUUCCAUACACUAUGGCGUCUCCAGCCACCGGGUUUGAAGCACAAGCAAGUGCACUCUUGGAAAAAACAGAUAUCAUCGCCUCAACGCCGCAUGCUCUAGUUGACUUGGUGAAUCCAUUCGCUUUACAGGAUGGUGAACCAACUGCUGUGCAGAGUGUUAUCAGCUUGCUUCAGAACCAACUCCAAGCCGAAGCAAACCGCGGAUGGGAGCUUGCUUGCCUUCCUCGGCCCUGGAAGAGGUCCGAAGGCGAAGAAGAUGGUCCUAUAGAAGCCGGUGCUAAGCAUGCCUUCCCUCAAGUCACCGUCCCAAAUCCUGUUCGAAAAGGGACCAGGGCGAUUUUUCCCGAAAUCUACCUCUCUGUAUACGCGAACCAAGACUUGGAGACAGUCCCUCCGACGUCAGACAUUGCAUCGUCUUUGUUGAGAGAAGCACUCGUCGAUACAAUCAACAUCCUCGACUUCAACCGCAUCGCUACUGCUAAGUUUUUGAUAGAUGUGGAUUGCUAUUUCACGCCAAACACUUUUGUGAAGCGUGCUACGCCAUUUGACAGGCUGCGCGAUUUCCCUGGGGAUCGCCCUACGUGGAAGCCUGAGGAUGUUGCCGUCGACGCCGUCUUCUCCCAGCUAUUCCAGCUUCCUUCCCCAGAACACAAGCUGGUUUAUUAUCACUCGGUACUCACUGAAUGUUGCAAGAUCGCGCCCGCUGCAAUUGCUCCCAGUUUGGGUAGGGCUAUUCGCUUCCUGUAUCGAAGCCUUGACACAAUUGAUUUGGAGCUCAUACACCGAUUCUUGGAUUGGUUCGCUCAUCACCUGAGCAACUUUGGAUUCACGUGGAAAUGGAGCGAAUGGAUCGAAGACCUCGAGCUUCCGCUUGUCCAUCCAAGAAUGGCGUUCAUUACGGGCGCUAUCGACAAAGAGAUUCGAUUGAGCUUUGCCCAACGCAUCAGAGGAACUCUGCCAGAUCCGUACCAGGAUUUGAUAACCGAAGGAAAGGAGAAGGAUACUCCUGAUUUCAAAUAUUCCUCAGAUACUACUCCGUACGCCAAAGAAGGCAGAGAGAUCAUGCAACUCAUUCGCAAAAAAGCGGGCGAUGAGGAGCUUCAGCCACUGAUCACCGCCAUCGAGGAGCAAGCGCAGGCUCUAGGAGUCGACGAUCCUAUGUUGCCCUCUACCGAUGCCUUUGUCACGUCUAUCUGCUUCGUUGGCUCCAAGUCUCUUUCUCACGUCUUGUCAUGCAUUGAGCGGAACAAGGAAAGGCUGUUGGCGAUUGGGCCCAAAUCAGCUCGUGCCCGUUGUCAGAUCAUCACCUCGGUGAUGGAGUACUGGGUGGAUCAACCAGGUGUCGCGAUCAAUAUUAUCGACAAGCUGUUGAACUAUACGAUUCUGACACCCCUAUCCGUCAUCGAAUGGGCCCUGGUGGAGAGGUUGGAAGCAGGAACAAUUCUUAGCAGAACACAUAUCUUUGAGAUGAUUUCUGCUACGGUUGGCAAGGUCACCAACCGUCUGCGGCAGAUUGUGGCUGCACGCACCCAGCCGGGUCUGUAUGAACCCCAAUUGAGUGUCUUGGAUGAGACCUUGAGCCGCGAAAAGGCCGAUAUGCAAGCUCUUUUCAGAGUAAUCGAAGACUCCAUUGUGUCUGUCGCUGGCGGUAGUAACGAUGAACUGAUKGAGAGAGGUGAUGGAAGUGGGAACCUGCCAGAGGACGAAAUCAUCCGUCAGUGGGGUCGCCGAUGGCUCAGGGUAUUCAGACGCAAGGCUGGUGUGGAAGAAUCAUUCAUCACCGAAGCCAUGGCUGAUGCCACACCGGUCGGGACGGUCGCCCCUGCGCCCCAAGCUGCUGCCUCUGAGACUGGGGCGGCCGCGAAUGCAGCGGCAGAUGGAGACAUGGACGUUUCUGGCGCAGAUGAAGCGGUGGAGAUUUCGUAG